AUGACAUAUGAGCUUUCCCUCUAUCAAACUUUCGAUCCUUUGGAUGGUUUUUUCUCAACCAUUGCGAAUGUGCCAUCUGCUGAGGACACCUCUGCUAUUGUGAGCACGAGGGUUGAUUGGAAGGAGACUCCCGAGGCUCACAUCUUCAAGGCUAUCGAUCUUCCAGGAAUGAAGAAGGAAGAGGUAAAGGUUGAGGUGGAGGAAGGGAGAGUACUUCAGAUAAGUGGAGAAAGAACCAAAGAGAAAGAGGAGCAGAAUGAUAGGUGGCAUCGUAUGGAAAGGAGCAGUGGAAAGUUCGUGCGUCGGUUUAGGUUGCCGGAGAAUGCUAAGAUGGAUGAGGUGAAGGCUAGCAUGGAGAAUGGUGUGCUCACUGUCACUGUCCCAAAGGAGGAAGUGAAGAAGCCUGAGGUCAAGGCCAUUCAGGUCUCUGGCGAAUGAACCUCUAAUGUUUGCUGAUUCACAACCAAUUCUCUUUAUAUAUAUGUAUGUAUGUGUGAAUCAAGUAUUGAAGUUGCUUUAAGAUAUUUCCUAUCAUCACUGUGUUUGUGUAGAACUAUGUUAUGGAUUUGUACUGUUUAAUGACUAUUUCGAGUAAUAUUUCAAUAAUUUCAUUCUA